AUGGGCUACCUGAAGCGACACAUCGAGAAGAAGAAGGAGCAGCAGCGCAAGCAGGACGAGGAGCGUGUCCCCCUCGAGCGCGGCCUCCUCUACAUCUGCGACGGAUGGGAGGCGGACGUCUUCCGCUCCAAGAAGCAGUGGCAGGACCGCGUGCAUCGGCGCGAGCAGCUCGCCAUGGAGCUGACGCAGUGGAUGGAGAACGAGGUCGUGCGCGACCAGGGCAUGAUCUCCUCCUGGGACCUGUACGCGGACGGCCUGACGACCGAGAUUGGCGAGAAUGUGCAGCAGGAGGAUCCCGAGCUCGCCGACGCUCUCAAGUCGAACGAGGACGAGGAGGAGAUGAUCCAGCGCCUUACCCGCCAGGCACUCGAGUUUACCCAGAAGAUGACGACGGCGCAGCGCGACGGAGGUGAUAUCCAGGGCAUCCUCCAGUACGAGGAGAAGAAGGCCGAGAAGAAGGUUCACGACAACCUGACUGCCCCAGGUGCGUCGGCGUGUGCUACCUGCUGCCUGAGCACCAAUAUCCUCGAAGUCGAGCUGCAGGACCAGUGGCUGCACGCCAUCGCGGGGCGUGACACGGACGCCAAAACCGGUGCCGCCUGCAUGGGCUGUGCCCUCGCCCCGUCCAUGCGUAGACAUUACAAAGGCAGGGCGCAGCCGCCACCGUCGCCACCACCGCCCCUUUGGCCGCGAUCGCUUCGUGCCCGAUCAUCCCUUCCUUUUCGCUCUUCUCCCUCUUCUCAAAAGGCCGCUUCCCCUGGUACCUUCCAGCUGUCGGUCUCAUCGCUCCAUCGCUGCUCGCCACUCUGCUCCGCCAUCGAGCUCAACCUCUCCGCCCUCGACACGAUAGCCACGAUCGAACUCAGUGUUGCGCUUAGCGCUGCGAGAACUAUGACAAUUCCAAGCUCGUCACUGUACCACCAGCGGUUCGACCCGCGCCUGAAUCCUGCAGACCGCUCCCUCCUCCGACGUCUAUUCAUCAUUCCGCCCUCAGCAGCCCAGUCGACUCUACAGCGUGCGGGUGUCCCCAAGUCUCUGGCCUGGAAAGCCCUCCGCCGCAUGCGGACACAGCACGGCGCGCACGCCUACGCCGCCGCCGUGGCCGAGUACGCCCAGCACGCAUCGGGUAUUGCGUGGAUCACGCGCAGUGCUGCUGUGACGGAAUACCAGGCGCUAUGUGCUCUAAGAGCAUUCUCUGAUCCUGCAGAGGCGAGGGACCACGUCCUGCACCAGACACACCGGGUGGCGUGGGCUGGAUGCCGGUUUUGCGAACGCGAAGCAGCCGAAAGACAGAGGCGAUACAGUGCAAUCAGUGCUAGGAGCGGGAUGAGCGGGCUCAAGCCCAUCGAGGAGGGAGGACGAGGCGACGGACAAGCGGGGCGGAGCGCGAUGGACGGCUACGACCAACUGUCGGACUACCCCCCGCCCUGUCCGCCUGCUAUCGGCAUAACGCCAGCGACGCCCAUCAUCCCCUCCCGACCUCUGACACCCGCCUCUCGCUCGAGUCUCUCGCACUCCCGCUCCGACAUGAUCUCGAAGGCCGACGUCUCAAAGUCGGACGUUGGGCACGGCCUCAAGAGAACACCGAGCUGGACGAUCAAGGUGCAGACGCUGAAGAGACGGAACUCGGCCGAGGCGCCGGCUGGAGCGUUCAACGUUGUGGGCGUGCGCUACGCUCCGGCCCAGAAGGAGGAGAGGACGAUGGCACAGCACCCGCCCAAGGAAGUCGUGACCGGUCUGGGCAACUCUAUCGGAUACUUGCCGCAGGAUAUCCGGCCUCUCGCAUAG